CCUAUUUGUAUCUGUGUCGUGUUAUUAUUUUGAUCUGUUCAGAUUGUGAAGUCCGCUUUUCGAGGUCGUGUGAAUAUAUAUUGGCCGCAUGCACCAGUAGUUGAACAUUUGAAAUCAAAAUGCUGCGUGUCGCACAGUCUGGUAGUCUUCAAAGAUGGCAGCAGGUUACGCCAGUCCUGCUUUCUGCGUCGCCGUUGUCAACACCAACUGGAAAGGCCCAGCUUUCGUCACACCACAGUCACGACACUUUACACGUUCUCCAGAAAAAUGACAAGAAAGUUUCCCCGGUUCCACCGAGUAUCCAAGGCGUUCAACCGAUGUCAGCAAAGCCGACGAAGGAUGUUCUUUCUCAGGCACAGUCUUUUUUAAAAAAUCAAGAAGACCGCUCGAAAGUGCUGCGCGACAAGAUACAGAAUGCAAACCAAGGGGCGGCCUGCAGAGAAUUUCACACGAGCGUGUCACAUGGGGCGUCGUGUGGAACAGUAGUGGAGGAAUGGGACGACGAAAUGGCUUGCGUAUUGCAGGGAACUUGUCUACCAGGUAGCACGAUGUAUUGCCGUACCAAGUCUAUGUUUGGGAAGUUGAAGUUGAGCGACGUCGAUCAAGGUACGUUCGGUACCGUUCAAGGCGUACGCCGAUACAGCACUUCGUCGCCGGCGUUUUCUCCGGUGAGGCGAUUGUCAGAUUCAUUUGGUCGUACGUACGAGGCAUGGGACGAAGAUCUAGUAACGCAGGUGCCUGUUCCAAACAAGCCGAGCUUUAAUAAUAUUCCCAAAAUAGACAAAGCUACCAGAUCGUAUUAUCAAGCGGAACCACGGGCCCAGUUCGUACCGGUGACUAGAUUCGGUGACGCCAAACGAAGUUACCAUACCGGCGACAUAGUACCACUCUCACAAAGAAUGGGAAGAUCGUUUGAAACGUGGGAUGAAGACGUGGCACACAUGAUACACAAUCUUCACAGUAAACCAGUAUUUGGGAGGCCACGAAGAGAUAUUCGUCCACCUUCCGACCCACCGAAAGUCUAUGUUCCGGUAAGUUGUGAGUGCAUGGUGUUACAGACAAGACACUGCCACACGUCAUCAUCAUCCUCUCCUGCACCUGUACCCAAAUCAAGCCAAAGGGAGAGGUUAAAGCAAGUGUUCAGAGACUAUGGUGCUACGGUGGUCAUAUUUCAUGUUAGCAUUUCGUUGCUCUCCCUGGGUGGAGUUUACCUGGCAGUAUCAAGUGGUAUUGAUUUGCAGUCGUGGCUGUACAAGGUUGGCGUAGGGCAGGCAUUCCUCGACUCAAGAAUUGCUACAGGUGCUAGCACAUUUGUAGUAUCGUAUGCGAUUUACAAGUUGUUUGCACCAGUACGAAUGGCAAUUACUAUAACGGCGACUCCAUUCAUUGUUCGAUACCUGAGAAAAAUCAAUAUAUUGAAGCAGCCUGUGCCAAAAUAAGACUAAUUUUACAUUAUUCAGGGUACUUUUCAGUUAUGCAAGAAAAAAAUGGUGCAUCAUAAAAAUUCUACAACGCAAUCUUUGAUAUUUCUUCAAGUGCGCACAAUUGGGAUUGAUUGUAUUACCGACUUUCAACUGCAUAAAAUUUGAUGUAUGCUGACCGAAUAUCAAAAGAAGCUUAUAAUGGUGUUUGUACUCUGCUGUGUACUUCAGUGCAUUAACAAGAUGCUCGCAACUUCAAUUUUGACACUGCUGCCGACUAGCGUUUGUCGUGAUUACAAGGGUGUAGUGGAAAUAGAACUUGGUUCUGUAUGUGAAGCAGCUUGAUUGUGGACAGUGUGCGUUUUGUUUUGAAUUUUGAACCACUUGCAAAAAUACAAGCUUGUUGCUUUUAUAGUUUGGGUUUACUUAUUGGUUAGCAGAAGCAGACACUUUUCUGAAUAUCAAAUCAUGCUUUCUAAUGCUUAGAGACUACUUUUGAGAACUACGCUAUGUGUGGAUUUCGUGUUAAUUUCUUAAAAUUCCCAUAUUGAGUUUUCUUUAUACUAUAGUGUUUUGGAGUAGUGUUCUUAUUAUGAAAGUAAAUAAUGUGGACCCUCCCCCCUUUACCACUGCCGCCCUUGCCACCUCUACCACCUUUGUGGUUGUUCCUUAUCACAAACCUUAUAAAUAAACCAUGCAGCUGUUACGUAAUUAUGUUGCAGACUGACAAGAAUAAUUAUCACUCAAAGAAAGAUGAACUAUAUUUUCAGGCCAAUAUUUAUAUUUUAUUUAUGUCCCAGAAUGUCUAUAGCAGUAUGUUUAAAGUACAGUUUAGAUUUGAGUAUGUGCACAUUUACAUGUAUAGUUUUGGAAUUUUGCAGGUGCAAGAUGGCAAUUUAUGAUUUUGAAAUUGACUAAUGCAGUUAUCGUCGAUAUUAAGUACAGAACUCUAUUCUCCAUAGCUAUUCAGCUGAGAUUGUGUUCAGUUUAUUUGUUAAGUCUGUCUUUCACUUAUAAUAUACUUUACCCUUGUCAUAGUAUGUACUUCAGUCUCAGUAAUGUUUUAAUUUCACUUGAGUUAUAAUUGCAUUAUAAGCAUUACUCAACACUUAGAUUUAUUAGUACAAGAUUUAGUUGUCUGGGUUCAGAAGGAUCAGUCAGAGAGCGGAAAUUGAAAGGCUUGUUAAAAGGAAUGUGAUCCUUUCUGGGCAAAGUACUUGUUUUCUAUUGUAUAUUGCUUUAACUGUAAACUCUAUUGCUUGUGUCAAUUAUAGUUUGCCUGACCAAGAACUCUUUGAGAGAAAAGUUCUAGCUUAUAGAUUGUUCUUGAUCAUAUUUUUUUUUUAAACUUAAAAUAUACUGGUGUGUAAUUUUAUUAUUUGCUCCCGUUUCAACAAAUAAAAUUAUGUAUACUGUUUUGCUCUCCU